GAGAAGGCAUGGUUUUAAAUGAAUACUGAUUAUAGAAAGACAUUAUUUUUUAUACAGAGACACAAGUGAACAUUAAUUUUCAACUACAUUACUUUAAAAAAAGGUGAACUGAAUUAAUUUUAAAGGGAAAUAGUUGAGUGAUAGUGACAGUUACACACCUUUAAAAAAAACAACAAAAAAAACAGUGUUAAUUAAACAAAAGGAAAUAAAAUUAAACAAAAGUGAAAAAAAACAACAUCCAAAACAGAUCAAUAUGCCAGGUGAAAGUAUGAAUGGUACCAGUGAUAAUGGAAUUAAAAAUGGCAGCAAGUAUGCCUAUGAAGAUGUUGAGAGAAUAGCUAAAUCAGUUCUUUCCCGGGUAAAAUGUCGCCCUCAUAUAGGUGUUAUAUGUGGAUCUGGACUUGGCGGGUUGGCGGACAUGUUGGGGGAUAAAGAAAUCAUACAGUAUGAGGAUAUAGAAGGCUUCCCUGUUAGCACAGGGUCAGGAUUGGAAGAAAGGGCAGGUAAUUACUUUAUAACAGGGUUUUGGAUCAGAUUUCUUUAACAAUAGAGAUAUAAUGAUUGUGUUGGUAUCCACUGUAUAAGUGAUGCUGCUAUACAUAUAACAAUAGAUUAUUA